UUUUAUUACCAGAUGCGAAAGUUUACUUAUAGUGGCGAGGUCCUAAUAAAAAAAUAUUAAUUAUGUCACCUAAUUUAUGUAUUAUAAAUGAUAAUUAUAUUUUAGACUUUAUAGUAUGAUGUGACACAAAAAAAUGUAAUUUUAAUGGUAAUAUAACAAUUUAAUCAACAUGGCGAAGAGUCAUAAAAAAGAAAAAGCUGAUGAAAAUCAAAAUUAUUUCUCCGCCGAAAAAUUCGUCAAUGAUUUACUGGCCCGUGCUGAAGUACCAUGUGAUAAAGGAUCAAAAUCAUUCGAUGAACAUACCCAAGUCCCUCCGUAUUACAAUGAAGAACUGUACAAAAGAGGACAACAAUUUUACCACAAGCAUUAUUUUGCAAUGUUUAUUAGCAAACUUUUUGGACUCAUAGCAGUUUUGGCCAUACCUACCAUAAACAGCAUUUUAAGAUUUACAAAACAAUCAAGUUCAAACAUGACAGCAUACAGAAGAUACAUGGAAACCAUAUUUCACAUGUGCAUUUGGUAUGAAGACGAGUUUAAACCAGGAACUAAAAUGUGGGACUCCAUAAAUGAAGUUAGAUCAAAACACAGUUCGGCUAGCAAAAGGGCAUGUACCGUAGGAUUGGGAAAUAUAACACAAAAAGACAUGGCUUUAACACAAUUUGGUUUCAUAGGAAUGGCUUUAACACAAAAGGAAAAAAUUGGAAUAUUUCAUACGAAACCGGAGGAAUGGGAAGCCUUAAUACAUGUAUGGAGAGUAAUAGGCUACCUUAUGGGGAUAGAAGAUAGGUUUAACAUUUGCCGAGAAUCAGUGGAGGAAACUACAGAAAUAUGUAAUUUAUUAAUAGAAAAAGUUUUUCUACCAGAAAUAGAAAAAAGAGAUCCCAACUUUAUAGAAAUGUCCAUGUACAUCCUGGAAGGUUUAUGGUGUUUCAAUCCUUUUAUCAGCGCUAAAGUAUUUUUUGACAUUUUUUAUAUUACUUUAUUCAACAAUAACGUCGCAGAAAUGGAUACUAAAAAAGAAUACCUUAAAUUAACUCCAGGACAAAAGAGAUAUAUGAAUUUCGUUUUAUACGUUAUAACCACUUUGGAAUACAAAAUAUGGAGAUUGUAUCACAACACUGUCCAUAAAACAUCGCUUUGGUUAAUGCAUGUUUUCCCUUUUUUGGCAUAUUUUGUUUUUGGAAGAAAAAAUGCCCACGUAUCAAUACUCAACAAUAAAAGUGCCUGAUUAGAAUUAAGUAUAGAUAACUUUUAUACAUGUCCCUCAAAUUGUAUUAUUAUUGUAUAAAACUUGAAAUAAAAACUAUUUUUAUAUGUAGGUACGUAAGUUUAAUUCAUUUAAAUUACCUACUAGGAUUUG